AUGAGAAUGUCGGUCGCACCAGUUCAACAGGGUCCAUUUAUGAAGGAUCAGUUGGUUCAAUUGCGGGCACAGAUUAACGCUUUCAAGCUACUUUCCAAAUCACAGCCAGUCCCUGAAACAUUAUUACUAGCGGCCGAAGGAAGACAGUUACUCAGUCAUGCACCUAUUGUUAUGAGUGGACCACCUGCACCAAAUGUCCCUGUACAACAAUGGAAUCAAUCUUCUGUAAACUCCAUGCAAAAUUCGCCAUUUGUCGGGUCUCCUCAGUCGUCUGUCGUUCAGAGUGAAUUCCAUCCGGCGAAUCCUGCCCUAGCAAUAUCUCGAGUAAGACCUAAUAUCCAACCCAGUUUAGUGGCUGCACGUAUAGGUCCCCCAGUAGGCUAUCAAUCAUAUACAACCUCAUCUUCAAAUGGAACCUUUCUGCCUGGGGGUACUGGCACAUAUGGAAGGAGUAGACUUACUCCUAUUCAACGACCUCAGGGUUUGGAUCCCGUAGAGCUACUAAAAGAGAGGGAACAGCGUAUCCAGUCUCGCAUUGCGCAGCGUAUCAAAGAACUAAGUAGUCUUUCUGUAUCUAGUACAUCGGAACAAAGAGUAUCAUUAUUGAUUGAACUUCGUGCUUUGCGUCUACUGAAUUUUCAGCGACAACUAAGGCAAGACAUAGUGUCAGCUAUGCGCCGAGACACGAGCCUUGAGACAGCUCUUAAUGUCAAGGCGUACAGAAGGCCGAAAAAACAAACUCUUCGAGAGGCUCGGUUCACGGAAAAGUUGGAGAAACAAAUGAAACAUGAGCAAGAAAAAAGGCGUCGUCAAAAACAUCAAGAAUUUCUGAAUGCUGUUCUUAGCCACGGAAAAGAUUUCCGAGAGUUUCAUCGUAAUGUUAACAGCAGAAUGGUGAAAAUAAACAAAGCCGUUCUAAAUUACAAAGCCAAUGCUGAGCGUGACAAAAGAAAAGAACAAGAACGAAUUGAUCGUGAGCGUAUGCGACGUCUUAUGGCUGAAGAUGAGGAAGGUUAUCGCUGUCUUAUUGAUGCGAAAAAAGACCAGAGACUUCAUCACUUACUCACCCAAACAGAUGAAUUUAUUAGUAAUUUGACUAAACUUGUUCGUGAACAUAAACGAGAGCAAAGUAAGCAGCGUUUUAGGGAACGGUCGGAAAGAAGAAAAUUUGCACAGGAGUCAGCUCUGCAAAAUGCUGUUGUAUUCUAUCGAAAAUUGGCUGAUGAUGUCAUUAAAAGCGGUGGACAACCCCCGGCCUAUUUUUCUACUCUUCCAUCUACUGAGAAAUUUCCUGAAGAACUUAAUCAAGUGAAUCGUGACUGGUUAUGUGGCAAAAUGUCGUCUUCUAACAUCCAGUUACCUGACGUGCGUAUACCUAUGUAUCAAACAACAACAAAAGAAAUUGUUGAAGGUGAUGCUGCUCCUUUAGCCUCAGAAGUUUGCACUUGGCUACAAGAACACCAGGGCUGGGAGAUUCUUCCAACUGAUACUGACGGGUCAGUAAUACAUGACUUAUUGGAACCAGACGAAGAGUUCAAGCGUAAACGUAAAUUUGAUGACGAUGAUGAUGAUGAUGACAAUAGUAUGGUACAUGUCGGGACGGAAGAUGAUGAAUAUAAUAAACGUGGUGAAUCUGGUGCAAAUGCACCUCAAUCCUAUUAUACUCUUGCUCAUGCUGUACGAGAAGAAGUUAAAGAACAAGCUAGUAUUCUUGUCCAUGGUCGAUUAAAAGAAUAUCAAUUGAGGGGUCUCGAGUGGCUUGUUUCAUUAUAUAACAAUAACCUUAAUGGGAUACUUGCUGACGAGAUGGGUCUGGGCAAAACGAUUCAGACAAUCGCUUUGAUUACGUACCUAAUGGAAAGGAAACGCGUUAAUGGACCGUUCUUGAUUAUUGUACCGCUUUCAGUCAUGUCUAAUUGGGCAAUGGAGUUCGAUCGAUGGGGACCAAGUGUGAAAAAGAUAUUAUAUAAAGGUUCACCUCAAGCUCGUCGACUUCUUCAAACACAAAUAAAAGCAUCAAAAAUCAAUGUACUGUUAACAACCUACGAAUAUAUUAUUAAAGAUAAAUCAGCUCUUUCUAAAGUGAAGUGGAAAUACAUGAUAAUUGAUGAAGGUCAUAGAAUGAAAAAUCACCAUUGUAAAUUGACUCAAGUAUUAAACACAUAUUAUACUGCACCAUAUCGACUUCUACUCACUGGUACACCACUGCAAAAUAAAUUACCUGAAUUAUGGGCUCUACUGAAUUUCUUGUUGCCAACAAUUUUUGAAAGUGUCAAUACAUUUGAACAGUGGUUUAAUGCUCCUUUCGCUGCAACAGGAGAAAAAGUCGAAUUGAACCAGGAAGAAACCCUGCUUAUUAUUCGUCGAUUACACAAAGUAUUACGACCAUUCUUAUUACGUCGUCUCAAACGUGAAGUAGAAUCGCAAUUACCAGAAAAAGUUGAAUAUGUGAUUAAAUGUGAAAUGUCAGAUUUACAAAGAGUUCUUUAUUCACAUAUGCAAUCUAAAGGUGUAAUUUUAACUGAUGGAUCAGAAAAAGAUAAAAAGGGUAAAGGUGGUUGUCGAACUUUAAUGAAUACAAUUAUGCAGCUUAGAAAGAUUUGCAACCAUCCAUUUAUGUUUCCACACAUCGAAAUGGCUAUAGCUGAACAAAACUUCCUAAAUGUACACAAUGGUAACCCCCCACCAACUUUACCAGUACCAACACAAGUUGAAGGUAAAAUAUUAUAUCGUUCUUCUGGAAAAUUCGAGUUACUGGAUAGAAUUCUGCCCAAAUUAAAAUGUUGUGGACAUCGUGUGUUAAUAUUUUGUCAAAUGACAAGUUUAAUGACAAUUAUGCAGGACUACUUUGAUUACCGAAAUUUUCGUUAUCUACGUCUUGAUGGAACUACUCGUUCAGAAGAUCGUGGAGAAUUACUAGUGAAAUUUAAUGAUACUUCCGAGGAUAUAUUUAUUUUCUUACUUUCAACUCGUGCUGGCGGCCUAGGUCUUAAUCUCCAAGCUGCCGAUACAGUGAUUAUAUUUGAUUCAGAUUGGAAUCCUCAUCAAGAUUUACAAGCACAGGAUCGUGCUCAUCGUAUUGGUCAACAAAACGAGGUUCGAGUUCUGCGUUUAAUCUCAAUAAAUUCAGUUGAAGAAAAAAUCUUAGCAGCAGCGCGUUUCAAAUUGGACGUGGAUCAAAAAGUUAUCCAGGCCGGUAUGUUUGAUCAAAAGUCUACUGGUACAGAACGACGUCAGUUUUUACAAGCGUUACUUGAACAAGAUGAAGAAGCCGAUGAAGAAGAAGAUGAAGCACCUGAUGAUGAAACUAUUAAUCAGAUGUUAGCCCGAAAUGAAGAAGAAUUCGAAAUCUACCAAAGGUUAGAUGCCGAACGCCAAUUUGCUGAAAGUCAACAGGCGAAACGGGAACCACGUCUAAUGGAGUUUUCAGAAUUGCCAAAGUGGAUUGUACGAGAUGACAUCGAGCUUGAACGAAGUCUUUCAUUAGAGGAUAAUGUUUUUGGAAUGAAACGUCAGCGUAAAGAAGUGGAUUAUUCAGAUGCACUCACUGAGCGUCAGUUUCUUAAAGCAAUCGAUGAGGGUAGCUUAGAAGAAGCUGAAGAACGUCAGCGUCAAAAACGAGCAGCACGAAAAAAACGCAAGCGAUUAGAUGAUCCUAGUUUUAUGGAUGAUGGGAGCUCAGAAACUGGAAGUGUUAUUAUGGCUGCACCACAAGCUGCUAAACGUCGCCGUGGACGUCCACCUCAUGGUUCUUCUACUGGGAGUACAUCCAGAUCAUCUAAUCAAUCAGUUUCACCAAAGUUAGCUAAAAAACUACAACGUUUAUUAGAUAUUGUAAUAGAAUACAAAGACAAAGAUCAAAGAAUUCUUAGUGAACCGUUUAUGAAAUUGCCUACAAGAAAAGAAUUGCCAGACUAUUAUGAAGUGAUUAAAAAGCCUGUAGAUUUUAAUCGUAUUCGACAGCGUGUAAAAGAUGGAAAAUACCGAUCUGUAGAUGAACUGGAAGCUGAUAUUUUACUUUUGUGUAAAAACGCCCAAACAUAUAAUAUGGAUGGAAGUCUAAUCUUUGAAGACUCAGUGGUAUUGCAGUCAGUUUGGACUAAUGCUCGAGAAAGAUUGGAAGAAAUUGAAUCACGUCAACAAUCUGAUUCUCGUCAAUCAAGUCAGUACAAUAGUUACUCUAGUCAACAUAGGCAUGUUACUAUAGACGAUGAAGAUGAUGAAGAAGAUGAACAAGACGAUGAAGAUGAGCCAAGUGAGACGUCAAAACAUGCACCUAUAUCAACAGGACCACGAUAUGUUGUCUGUAACACAUCAGCUACCGAUGUUACCGGUAAUACAGGUAGAAAUGGUCAGCAAAAUAUCCCCGAUAAUUCAAUGAAUGAGGAUAGUCUUGGAGGGUUGGAUGAUUUAGAUGAUGAGGAAGAUACUAUGGAUGAUCCAAUGGAUGAUGAUGACAGUGCCAGUCGAAGUUCUUUCAGUAGCAAAGCGAGACGCAUGUCACGUAAGCCAACGUAUUGUAUAUCUCGUACAACAAACAGUUCCGUCUCUGUUAUCUCAAAAACAAAUCUUCCACCUGGAUCUCAUAAUCAUCCCCGUUCGUUAUCUGCUACUGAAUCUAGAGGAACAGUUUCUGUUGUUGAAUCCAUACGUAUCAACACAUCAACUGUAGAAUCUCUCCUACCACCAAGGAAAGCUCGCUCACAUAAACGUGUUAUGAUGGUUGAUGAUAGUGAAGAAGAGGAUGAAGAAGACUCUGAUAAUGACGCAGUCGAUGAUGAUCCUGAUGAUGAAGACUUUUAA